GUUGUUUGACCCUCUGUUGUAGGGGCUUUCGUUGUAGUGGCUUUGGUCGUUAAAGGGGCCUCUAUUGUAGGGGCCUCAGUUGUUAUGGGUUUGGUUGUUAUAGGGGCUUUUGUUGUAGAGGCCUCCGUUGGAGUGGUCUUGGUUGUUAUAGGGGCCUCUGUUGUAGGUGCCUUCGUUGUAGUGGCUUUGGUUGUUAUAGGGGCAUCUGUUGUAAUGGCUUUGGUUCUAGGGGCCUCCGUUGUAAUGGCCUUGGUUGUGAUAGGGGCCUCUGUUGUAGGUGCCUCCGUUGUAAUGGCCUUGGUUGUUAUAGGGGCCUCUGUUGUAGGGGCCUCUGUUGUAAUGGCUUUGGUUGUAGGGGCCUUCGCUGUUGUGGCCUUGGUUGUGAUAGGGGCCUCUGUUGUAGGGGCCUCCGUUGUAAUGGCCUUGGUUGUUAUAGGAGCCUCUGUUGUAAUGUCUUUGGUUGUAGGGGCCUCCGUUGUAGUGGCCUUGGUUGUUAUAGGGGCCUCUGUUGUAGGGGCCUCCGUUGUAAUGGCCUUGGUUGUUAUAGGAGCCUCUGUUGUAAUGUCUUUGGUUGUAGGGGCCUCCGUUGUAGUGGCCUUGUUUGUUAUAGGGGCCUCUGUUGUAGGGGCCUUCGUUGUAGUGGCCUUGUUUGUUAAAGGGGCUUCUGUUGUUGCAGGUACCUUGGAUGGUAAUGUUGUAUCUGAUAAGCCAGUGACUGUGGCUGUAGACACUAAAAUAACAUUGAUUUAACUUAAUAUAAAACAAUCGUUUAUAGAAGGUAUACAUAAUUUGAUAAA